ACAUGGGCCGGUCGACUGGUCGACCCGUGGCCAUCAUGUGUCCAGAUGCGUCCUCCAUCCGAAGAGGCAACUAGCUGAACAUACGCUGAAGCAGAAGACGAAGAGGAUGGCACAAUGGCUAGGCGAUCCUGCUAAUCAUUGAUGAGAUCGCACAGAACAGAAGGCACAUGAAUCGCGUACUGUUGGGUGUCUUACUUUUAGCUGGUGUUGCAACACUGUGCGGUGCAAACAAUGCUUUUUCGUCUCGAAUAAUAAUGGAUGUGUGAUCCGGGAGCUGCAGCACAGUAGCACACCUCCUCAACUGGCACAUGAGGACAGAGAGCUGAGCAAGGGAGGUGUACUCGAGCACCCUCUUUCUGGGUCAGGUUCACCGAUUCCCAGCGUAGGGAAAAGUGGCCAAAACCGCCAAGGUUAUGGUACAGCCAAGAUGACCGAGGCGCUGCGGAUUCAAGAUGCGAGUGGCAGUGCGAGACCUUAGGCCUGAAAGGUGGGGCUUUUGUCCCCGCUCCGAGGAGUGACGCAGGGAGAGAAGGCAACCACUGGCACUGGCAGCGACGCUAGCGUGGCUCUUCGAAGGCUCGAGUCCAGCCUCCCCUCGUUCUGCCCAGAGAAUGGGCGUGAGUGUUUGAAUGCGGAUGGGAAGCUUUAUAUGUGCGAAUUCCGCAUGGCAAUUUCACCUCCUCUUGCCAUUCCUUCCCUAAGCUGUGCAUCUUUCCUCCUCCUCUGUCGGAGUGUAUCAAGGGGCAGCUUCUCACCUUGAUACUUCCACUGCAUGGCGCUCGUAGCCCAGCCUUGAUUGGUCGGACUUUUAAACGGAGUGGAGGCUUGAAGACAUGCACAUGCAGUUUCUGGCUAUGACGCUCUAAAUUCAAAUCAGCCUGGACGUGAACAAUUUGUCGAUAACAAAGUCCCAGUUCGUCUUCGCACGUAGGCAGCCAUGGAUGACAAGCUGGGAUCCCUCGAGGCCGUCGUCAAUGAGACGGCUGAUUUGGAACACAUACCGAUUGAGGAAGUCUUUACUCAGCUCAAAUGUUCCACCGAGGGACUGUCUCAGGCCGAAGGGGAGCAGCGUCUCAAGAUUUUCGGAUAUAAUAAGCUUGAGGAGAAAUCGGAAAGUAAGAUUCUGAAGUUUCUGGGAUUCAUGUGGAAUCCCCUAUCAUGGGUCAUGGAAGCAGCAGCUAUUAUGGCGAUUGCUCUGGCCAAUGGAGGAGGAAAGCCUCCAGAUUGGCAGGAUUUCAUUGGUAUCAUAACACUUCUGGUCAUCAACUCAACGAUCAGUUUUAUCGAGGAGAACAACGCAGGAAAUGCUGCUGCUUCACUGAUGGCUCGCCUUGCUCCAAAGACGAAGGUCCUUCGAGACGGAAAGUGGUCGGAGCAGGAUGCGGAAAUUCUUGUUCCUGGAGACAUUAUCAGCAUCAAGCUUGGUGACAUCGUCCCUGCUGAUGCUCGUCUCCUCGAAGGAGAUCCUUUAAAGAUUGACCAGUCUGCCCUGACUGGUGAGUCUCUCCCAGUUACAAAGAAACCAGGAGACGAGGUCUAUUCCGGAUCUACCUGCAAACAAGGAGAACUCCAGGCAGUUGUGAUUGCUACUGGUGUGCACAGCUUCUUUGGGAAAGCUGCUCACCUCGUGGACAGCACACAUCAAGUGGGCCAUUUUCAAAAGGUGCUCACUGCCAUAGGAAAUUUCUGUAUAGUCUCCAUAGCCAUAGGGCUGGUGAUAGAAAUCAUUGUCAUGUUCCCAAUUCAGAGGAGAAAAUACCGCGAGGGUAUUGACAAUCUCCUGGUGCUGCUGAUUGGUGGUAUUCCAAUCGCCAUGCCUACUGUCCUGUCUGUAACAAUGGCUAUAGGAUCUCACCGCUUGUCUCAGCAGGGUGCCAUCACGAAGCGUAUGACUGCUAUCGAAGAGCUUGCUGGCAUGGAUGUCUUGUGUAGUGACAAGACAGGAACUUUGACUUUGAACAAGCUGACAGUUGAUAAAAAUCUGAUAGAGUGCUUCGCCAAAGGUAUCGACAAGGACUUCGUGGUCCUAUCGGCAGCUAGAGCCGCAAGAACAGAAAAUCAAGAUGCAAUCGACACGGCGAUCGUCGGAAUGUUAGAAGAUCCUAAACAGGCUCGUGCGGGUAUAAGAGAAGUACACUUCUUACCAUUCAACCCUACCGACAAACGGACAGCCAUUACCUACAUUGACAGCGAUGGUAACUGGCACAGAGCAAGCAAAGGAGCUCCCGAAGAGAUUCUGCACUUGGCUCAUAACAAGGAGAAAAUUUCUGCCAGAGUACACUCAGUUAUCGACAAGUUUGCUGAGCGAGGGCUUCGUUCACUUGCUGUUGCCACUCAGGAAGUACCUGCCAAAAGCAAGGACAGUCCUGGAGGUCCAUGGGAAUUCCUCGGAUUGCUUCCACUCUUUGAUCCACCUCGUCAUGAUAGUGCAGAAACUAUCAGCAAAGCAUUGAAUCUGGGGGUCAAUGUCAAGAUGAUAACAGGUGAUCAAUUGGCCAUUGCGAAAGAAACUGGACGUCGUCUAGGCAUGGGAACCAACAUGUAUCCUUCUUCAGCACUCUUCGGCAAUCGAAAGGAUGAUGCCAUGUCAGAGUUACCCGUCGACGAGCUCAUUGAAAAGGCCGAUGGUUUUGCUGGGGUCUUUCCUGAACACAAGUACGAGAUUGUCAAAAGGCUUCAAGAAAAGAAGCACAUCUGUGGUAUGACUGGAGACGGUGUGAACGAUGCACCUGCUCUGAAAAAAGCAGAUAUCGGAAUUGCUGUCGAUGAUGCAACAGAUGCGGCCCGAAGCGCCUCUGAUAUUGUCCUCACUGAACCUGGUCUGAGUGUCAUCAUUCAUGCCGUGCUCACCAGUCGAGCUAUCUUCCAACGGAUGAAAAACUACACCAUUUACGCUGUCUCUAUCACAAUUCGUAUUGUGCUUGGAUUUCUUCUGCUCACGCUUAUCUGGAAGUUUGACUUCUCACCAUUCAUGGUUUUGAUCAUUGCCAUUCUAAAUGACGGUACCAUCAUGACUAUUUCCAAGGAUCGCGUCAAGCCAUCCCCUCUCCCCGAUAGCUGGAAACUUGCGGAGAUCUUCACGCAAGGAGUUGUCAUUGGCACUUACCUGGCCGUGAUGACUGUCAUCUUCUUUUGGGCAGCUGAUAGAACUGACUUCUUCGAGCGAACAUUCGGUGUAAGGUCACUACGUGGAAGCCCCAACGAGCUGACAGCCGCUGUGUACCUACAAGUCAGUAUCAUCAGUCAAGCUUUGAUCUUCGUCACAAGAUCCAGGAGCUGGUCGUUCACGGAGCGACCGGGUCUUCUACUCUUGGCAGCUUUCUGGAUCGCACAGUUGGUCGCGACAUUCAUAGCAGUGUACGCCAACUGGGGCUUCGCUCGCAUCACGGGUAUCGGUUGGGGAUGGGCUGGUGUCAUUUGGCUAUACUCCAUCAUCACCUACUUCCCCCUCGAUAUCAUCAAGUUCGCUGUUCGUUAUAUUCUCAGCAACAAAGCUUGGAACCUCAUGAUGGAGCCCAGGAUGGCGUUCACCCAAAAGAAAGACUUCGGAAAGGAAGACAGGGAAGCUCAAUGGGCUAAACAACAGCGCACCCUUCACGGGCUGGACAAGCCUGGGACGUCAGCUGAGGCAGAGAACUUGAAGGACGUGCCAGAACUCGCCGGAGAAGCCAAACGACGGGCGGAGAUUGCCAGGCUUCAAGAAUUGCUCACGCUGAAGGGGGCGACCGACGCGACUUGCGAGGUGGAGAGAUUUAGAUACAGAAAGUAUUCCGUAGGCCGCCAAGUAGCGCUGUAGGAUCGUGUCGUUUUAAGACUCUUAAUAGAAGAGCACCAGGGACGCCAGAUUUUCAGGCGUGUCUGCAAACAGGCAAAUGAAACGACCUCUUUUAUGGUGCAGAUGCAUAUAGUCUCACUAUAAUGAACGAUCCACGUAAACCGGCAAUCUACCAGGAGGUCAAGCUUAUUCUGAUUUCCUUCUGGAAGGGCCUUCACAUGUGAUCGUUCAUAGCAAGCUGCCUCAAAGUGUAAAUGAACACCACAUUUCUCCACAUAUAUUCCAGCUCGAUAGUUCAAAGGAACUAUGAUUUUCAAUUCGCC